CCCAACCAUUUCGGCAUUUCCCUCGCCAGUAUCCUCCACGCGGGUGCUGGGCUUCUCUUCUCUACGCUUCGGCGAAGAUAGGCUGACCGGCGACUUCAGUGAUGUGCUUUAAUUGCUGAUCACUGCUUCGGCGUUGCAGGAGCUUUGAUUUGCAAGAUUGUUGCAUAACUUGAACUUUGUUGCAAGUGUGUCCAUCUGCAACUCCUCUGAAAUGGGCAUCAUCCAGCUAACACGAGUAUCUAGAAGAUUCAGCCUUCCCAAUUUCUUCCUCUCUCCAAAUAUUUUUCCCGCAUCUAGUCCUCACUCUGGUUCUAUUACAUCAGUUCCUAAUUCCCUAGUUACUGUAGGAAGUUCUAUUUUUAAUUACUUUUUGAAACCCCCCAACCAAUUUGGAUCUGAAAGAAAUCAUCCUUCUUUGGGCUACCGCACAUUUGUUAGUGAUAGCAUAAUGCAAGCAGAAGCAUUUACUGAAGCCAAAGACAUGAACCCAAGCAAUGUUAAAGGUCUCACAGCUGAAACAAUUUGUAAAAUCUUAUCAAACAGUCCUAGUUCGAGUGUUGAGGAGUCUCUCAGUAAUAUUUCAGUGGAGAUGUCACCAGAACUGGUCGUUGAGGUCUUAAAGAAGUUAAGUAAUGCUGGUAUUCUUGCACUGUUGUUCUUCCGUUGGGCUGAGAUGCAAAAGGGGUUCAAAUACAGUACAGAGAGCUACAAUGCUUUGAUUGAGGCAUUGGGUAAGAUUAAACAGUUCAAGAUGGUAUGGAAUUUGGUUGAUGACAUGAAACAUAGAAAGUUGUUGACUAAAGACACUUUUGCCUUGGUUGCUCGGAGAUAUGCAAGAGCUAGAAAGGUCAAAGAAGCAGUGGAGACGUUUGAGAAGAUGGAGCUGUUUGGGAUGAAGCUGGAAGUUUCAGAUUUUAAUAGAUUGAUUGACAUUUUGAGCAAGUCAAGGUGUAUUGAGAAAGCUCAAGAGUUGUUUGACAAAAUGAAGAAAAGAAGGUUCGCACCUGAUGUCAAAUCCUACACAAUAUUGCUAGAAGGGUGGGGUCAACAACAAAAUCUGCUGAGGGUCAAUGAGGUCUAUCGGGAGAUGAAGGAUGAAGGUUUUGAGCCUGAUGUUGUUACCUAUGGCAUUAUCAUCAGUGCAUAUUCCAGGGCUAGGAAAUAUGAGGCAGCUAUUGAGUUCUAUCAUGAGUUGGAAGCCAAAAAUUUGAGGCCCACUCCCCAUAUAUUUUGUACUUUGAUCAAUGGAUUGGGUUCUGAUAAGAGAUUGGAUGAGGCUCUUAAAUUUUUUGAAAAAUUCAAGGCUAGUGGUUUUGCCCCAGAAGCACCGACAUAUAAUGCUGUUGUUGGGGCUUAUUGCUGGUCAAUGAAGAUGUAUGAGGCUUACAGGAUGGUUGAUGAGAUGAAAAAAUGUGGGGUUGGUCCAAAUUCUCGAACAUUUGACAUAAUACUACAUCACUUGAUAAAGGCUCGAAAAACAAAGGAAGCUUACUUAGUUUUCCAAAGAAUGAGUGACUCUGGUUGUGAGCCUACUGUGAGCACUUAUGAGAUCAUAGUGAGGAUGUUCUGUAAUGAAGAGCGAGUUGAUAUGGCAAUCAGAGUUUGGGAUCAGAUGAAGGUUAAGGGAAUUCUUCCUGGAAUGCACAUGUUUUCCACCUUAAUCAAUGCCUUAUGCCGUGAAAAUAGAUUAGACGAUGCUUGUAAAUACUUCCAAGAGAUGUUGGAUGUAGGCAUUCGACCCCCUGGCCCAAUGUUUAGUAACUUGAAACUGGCUCUUCAUGAUGGAGGCAGGGAGGAUACAGUCAAAAUGCUGUCCCUAAAGAUUGAUAAAAUUAGGAAAACUCCUAUCAUUGGGUGAGGCUGGAAUAUAUCACAAUGAUCCUGCCCAAGGUCAUCUCAUCCAUCUGUAUCAGUCAGCGAACUAUAUUUGGCAUAAUGAUCAACUAAGUAAUUUAGCUGACAAUCUGAGGAUCAUUGCCAAGGUUGGUGGCAUCUGAGAAGGGCCAAAGAAGAAGCUUUUUCAGAAAUUUGAUAUGCUGCAUCUUGCCUUACAGUUGACCCAUUUCUUACAUUUGACUUUCUUAUGAAAAUCUCAGCCGGUUUAACUUCCGAGUCACCCUUGAGAUGAUUUCUCUUCCUUUUUUUCCCGUUGCAACAACCAUGGCAUCAUAUAUUUUUUUGCUGGAAAAUAUCAGCUUGUGGGGUUUCUCUUCCAUUGACAACAGCUGAACUAUGGGCUAUUUAUCAUGGUUUGCAUUAUGCCUGGAAUGAAAAUUUCACAAAGGUUCUGAUCUGCAGCAAUCCUUUGGUAGCUGCACGGCUCAUCACCAGGGACUAUAGUUCGAAACAACCUUUCUGGGUGCUGAUAAAUGAAAUUAGAAGUUUAUUCAACAGAGAUUGGCAUGUUCAGAUUCGACUAUGCACCGACUGGUUGCCUAAGUCUGUCUAUAGUUCUAAUAUGACAAAAUGUAUCAUGGUGUCCGACAAUCUAUUUUCAUAUGCAUGUCUGUUGAAUA